AUCAAACAAGAUCACACAUGACUAUUUUUAGUCUUACACAUUGAGAAAAUUUGAUGAGUCAAAGUGCUUAGAUGAACAGUUUCAAAAGUCAAAACUGGACAAAGUACAUCCAAUUUAUGAAUAAUAUUAAAUCAAAAUUAAUAAACUUACAGCAAUAAUCUGAGAAGUCUCCAAACAUCUCGGAUAACAUCGUCCAACCAUCCUGGCUAGUCCUCCCAGAGGGACUAGACUCGAAGUAAGGACGGUUGUCGGCAUGGGAGAAGAGGGGACAGAUGGGGCAAGGUCGGAUGCAUCCCGGAUGGAAUGCAUGGCAACAAUGUGGCACCCAACCCACCUCAUCGCCACUAGCAAUGUCAGUGGAACAGACCACGCACGACGGUAGCGGUGGAGCGGAAGGUGCGGUGGCUGAUGAGGCGGCGGGGAAGCUGGCUGCUAGGGUGGCAACUGUGGGGUCCGGUGCGGGGGCGGAAGGACCGGCCGGUGCAGCGACAGGUGGCCCGGCCGGUGUGGCGUCACAUUUGGGGGCGGGUGUCUUGGCCGGUGCUGUGACGGGUGUGGCAUCAGCUGUGGCGGAGGUGGAGGGCUUGGGGGCGGGUGUCUUGGCGUCACAUUCGAGAUGCCGCCGUGCGGCGACGGCAACGGCUGCCGGUGCAUCCCCUGGGGGCUGUUCGUCGGCCAGUGCAUCCACCCCACUUCCUUCGCCCUCCCCAACCUGUGCCUCUCCGACGGGGAGUGCCUCAAGAAGGGGAGCGGCAACCACUGCGCCCGCUUUCCCAACCCGGGCGUCUCCCACGGGUUGUGCGGCGGAGGUGGAAGUGGUGGCCGCUGCGGCGGUUGUGGAGGAAGGGGUGGCGGGUGCGGCGGAGAUGGAGGUGGCAAUUGUGGCGGCCGGUGCGGCGGAGGUGGAGGUGGCAGCGUCAAGUGGGUUGGCGGCCAACGGAGCCGCCGGUACGGCGUCAGGCAGUGCGGCGGCCGCUGCAGCGGCGGUUCGCCUUGCCGGUGGCCGGUUGGCGACGGCGGAGGGGGAAGUUCCCGCCUUUCGGCCACGGCGGAGUAACCAUCCUAUGACUAUGAUGAGCAAUAUGGAGAGAACGAUUGUGAAUCCGACGAUCCACAACGACAACCAGGAAGAGGUGUCUGUCUGAUCGGAAGUUAAUAAUUAAAAGAACAUACACAGGUGGUAGAAUUAUGCCAUAGAGUGACUUGUAUUUCCACAACCAACUCCAACAGUCUGCAUAAGCAAGUGGCAUAAAAUAAUCCUUUGCUUUUGCAGCUACGAUCUUCAUCCUCUAAAGAUGUGGAAGAGAAUUAUUUUGUUUUCAGGAAACAAUGAUUUAUCUAUUCAAAUAAGAAGGAAAAUUUCAAUAAGCUUCCCUAUCCCUCCAAUGAAUUACUUGGAUCCAUACUAUUAAUCCAAAGGUGAUACCUUAUUGGUUUCGAUUGCUGUCUCGGACGUGAUCGGCCUUUGAUGUUAGCCUCUGGUUUCGAAGACAAAGUCACUGCCAAGGAAUAAGUUGGCAUUUCACAAGAGUGUACUUAGACUUCCAGUGUGAAUGCAUCUUCCCUUUAGGUUGAUCUGAUGACUCGCCCUCCAACUAAGAACCAUGAAUGUCAUUCACCACCACCUAAGCCAUGUCAAAAUAGCACUAAUUUCUAAUGGAUGUUUUGCCUCGACAGUAUACAGUUAAGAACCAUGAAUGCCAUUCACUGGCGCCUAUGGGACAUGAGUGAAUGUCAGGGGAUACGUACUUGUCACUUUGAUCUAUCUGAAAGUAAAAACCCCAUUGGACCUUAUCUUUGUUUGUAAGAAAUAUAGAAACUCAUUUAAUGAAACAAACAUUAGAAUGCAAAGGUAUUACCUCAGUGGACAGGAUAAUAAAGCAAAUGCUUUGGUCACCUGAUUUUCAUUCCUAAAAUAGGAAUGCAUAUCAAAUCAGUUGAAUCAGCCCCUUCUUUAACUUUCAUUUUAAGAAGGGGAUUAAAAUCAACCUCAAAAGGAAGUGUUCCUAUGUUGCUAAACGAGAUCUUUUUAACCUCAAAUAAAGAAACAACAUGUUGAGUUUAUUUUAAGCAUUGAAACAUGAAAAACUUAAUUCCUUGCAAAUUAAACCUAUUUGACCGAGUUUUUAUGCAAAAUGCGAUCUGAUGAAGGGCACUUUGGAGUAGGGAUUCUGCUAAAAUCAGUGAUUCAUCUUUAGAUUCAACUUUUAGAAACCUUUGCACAUAAGGCAUAUUAGGCCUAAAGGAAAAUAUAACUUUUCCAAACAUAGGGUUUCUAAAAGUAGAAAAGAAUUGAAAAUUUUCAUAUGUUAAGACCUCUAGCAAUUUGAUUUGAACAACCUUUGAAUAAUCUCUUAUAGUUCUUACAUCAAAUUCAGUUUGUUCCUUUUCAAGUUCAAGGAAGCGAUAUCAACAUCAAAGUGAAUGCCAACUUUAUUAUUUUGAUUAUGUUCUAAACGGUCAGAUUCAUAACUUUGGAACCCACUAAGAUCAUGAAAAAGUUUUUCCAAUCCAUAUUCAGUUUCACUUUUAGAAUCAGCCACAAAACUUUUAAAUUUUUCGUGAGAAUCAAUUCCAAACUCUACU